AUGCCAUUUAUACCACCAGUGUCGAUUACGCGCUCUGUGUCAGGACUGACAGGGAAGGAGAGGUCUAUCAGCAGCACUGUGCUGGCAACUACUGUGACGAAAACUAAAGUUCCAAGAGAAGACAAAGGCAGCUCAGUGAAAGAGCGACUGACUUUAAACCUGAAGCAGCUUGGGAAGAAGAGUCAACCCAGGAGUCAUCUACCCACGAAUAAAGGACUGUCAGGAGCAGAGGUGCUUACAAAGAGAAGGGACCGCUUGUUGCCCUCAUCAGAAACCGACAGCUACCCCGCCUCCAGCUCAGGGGAAUCUCUGUGCAAGAUGCAGCAGCACAAACAUGUGAGCUCCAUCAAGACCGAACAGGAGCUGAAGACGAGGAGCAGGGAUCGAGAGGAGUCCCAUUUCAACCUGACCCUCACACCUGAAGCUGUGCUGCUGCUGCAGCGAAGGAACAGUGAGAGGUAUCAAUGCUCAGCCGCCAGAAAUGCAGGAAGUGGAGGCAUCGCUACAGGAAGUGCAACAGAUUCCCGACGCAGGAGGGAGAACAUUUCGAGAAGGCAUCAACCAGCAACACCAAGAAAUGGCCCGAUAAAUAGCAGAAUGGCUGCUAAAAACAUUGUUGAUGCUGAACUCGGAGACAUCGGCUCAUUUUUGAAAAUCUCAUUGUUGAAUGACCAACAUAAAUACGAUGAUGUGGAAUAUGAGGAAGAGGACUGCGCUGUAGAUGAACGUGUGGUGCUGAAAUGUACAGCGUGGCUCCGUGGGCUUGAAAACACUCCAGUUACAAUUGGAAAGAGCCUGAAUAAGAGUGGAAGCAGUGUAAAAAGAUUCUGA